AUGGUGAAUAUGACAUACUCGAUGUCGUCGUCCCCCGCAGCGACGACGGGCGGCCAGGGGAGCAAUCCACCCGUCUGUCAGAAUUGUGGCACCUCCACCACCCCCCUCUGGCGCAGGGAUGAACUCGGCUCCGUUCUCUGCAACGCCUGUGGUCUGUUCCUAAAACUCCAUGGCCGACCUCGUCCCAUCAGCUUGAAGACAGACGUCAUCAAAAGUCGGAAUAGGGUCAAAACCGCCGGCCAGGGUCCCAAACGCAAGUCCAGCAAUGCCGUGGACGCGAAUGGCCUCUCCGCAGUCAGAUCCGAAGCGGGGACGCCUCCCCUUGGUUCCCAUGGAUAUCGUCGUGCAUCGCGUAAAGCCUCGCCGGGCCAUUCGGAUAGAUCUAACUCUCCCGUGUCGCGAACGGAGACUCCUGCCAUAUCAUCUACGCCGCAGCAUAAUUCUAACAUUGCGCCGCAACACAUGUUUGACAGUGUCACCCUCUCCGACCAUAGUCUGAACCCUGCGGGUUCGCUUCAUUCCCUCCAGUUGCGUCAGCCUUCCCCAACUUCGUCUUCGUCUGCCGCAGACCGUCAUCUCGAAGCACCACAAACCUACGAGGGUCUUCUCGCCGCAAACACGCGUUUGAAAACUCGCGUCAGUGAGCUUGAGGUGAUCAACGAACUGUACAGGGGCCGCGUUGCAGAACUCGAACAGAGCGAUGCAAGUGCUCGCAGAUCGGAGAUGAUUGCCCGAGAUUCCGAAGUACGCCUUCGACGGUCUCUGGAGGAUGCGCGCCGACAGGAGGAGGAACUCAAGUGUCGGAUAAGCGAGCUCGAGCGCCAGUUGCUCGAGCACAACGGCUCCAACAACCCGCUCGGCAACGGCAACCCUACAGAGCCUUUAGCCAAGAAGAUCAGGCUGGCAGACGUAGUGGAACAAUCAUCCUCUGCCCCUUCCAAAUUCGAGUCGCCCAAGAGCAUCUAG